AUGGCGACGACCGGGAGCGAGGCAGUGUUGCCUAUCCGCGAGGGAGAAAAGAAACCUAGUUCAGAACAGCAAAUUGAUCCCUGGGACGUUCAGGCAGGACACGAUGAGAAUGGAAAUGCCCUGGCCUUCGAUUAUGCGGCUAUUUCACAGAAAUGGGCAACCAAACUGAUAGACGAUGCCCUGCUCGAGAGAUUCGAGCGCCUUACCGGUCACAAGCCCCACCGCUGGCUCAGACGUGGACUCUUCUUUUCGCACCGUGACUUUGACAGGAUUCUGGACAGAUAUGAAGCUGGCGAACCGUUCUUCUUGUAUACGGGCAGAGGACCGUCCAGUGACGCGCUGCACUUGGGACACACAAUUCCAUUCUCCUUUACCAAAUGGCUUCAGGACGUGUUUGAUGUCCCUCUGGUCAUUAUGCUUACUGACGACGAAAAGGCUCUCUUCAAGGAGAAGCUCACUUUCGAGGACACACACAAGUUUGCGCUACAAAAUGCCAAGGACAUUAUCGCUUGUGGUUUCGAUCUCAAAAAGACUUUCAUUUACAGUGACCUGGAAUACAUCAGUGGGCAUUUUCUAAUGAACGUCUGGGAAUUCUCGAAACUGGUUACAUUCAACCAGGUCCGCGGUGCAUUUGGAUUCAACGAGAGUACCAACAUAGGACGAAUCAUGUUCCCCGCAGUCCAAUGCGUGGCUGCAUUUGCUACUUCCUACCCGGAGAUCUGGGCCGACGAACCUGCAAAGGAACGAACGAAAGCUCUCGCUAAGAUUCCGUGCCUCAUUCCGAUGGCCAUAGACCAGGAUCCAUACUUUCGUCUUGUUCGCGACAACGCCCAUCGCAUGAAGAACCCUUCGCCCAAGCCGGCUUUGAUUCAUUCGAAAUUCCUUACUGCGUUGCAGGGUGCAGGUGGCAAGAUGAGCGCGAGUGACCCAAACUCUGCGAUUUUUAUGGCAGAUACACCAAACCAAGUCAAGGCAAGUCCAAGAUGUCCAAUUCAUCAGAAUAAAAUCAACAAGCACGCAUUCAGCGGAGGUAGGGAGACGCUAGAAGAACAUCGGGAACUCGGAGGGAUACCGGAGAUAGACGUCGCAUUUCAAUAUCUAUCCUACUUUGAGGACGACGAUGAGAAACUCAAGAAAAUCGAGGACGGCUACAGGAGUGGCGAGCUGCUCACUGGGGAACUUAAGAAGAUGGCUAUUGAAUUGAUUCAGGGAUACGUCAAGGAUUUCCAAGCCAGGAGAAAGGAAGUCACGGAUGACCUUCUGAAGCAAUACAUGACUCCCCGCAAACUGGAAUGGAAGGGCAACCCAAACCCAAAGCCGAAGGAAUCGAAAAAGGAGAAGGCGGCACAGGCAUAG